AUGUUACGCGGAGACAUCACCGAUCCUCCAGUAGCCAAGACCACGUCGGCGCCUGCUACAACGACGUAUGCGAUACCGCGAUCUCAAUCCCCCGACUUCACCACACCGUCACAGAGUAUCUUCUGCCCGACAUGUCUCAAGAACCAGCACCUGUUCACCAGCUCCCUGGCACAAUAUCUGCCCGAAGACCCAGACCACCCCGACUAUGUUGAGCUCGAGAGGAACAUGUACAAGUUUCGUCGACGUCUCGAACAGCGAUACCCCCAGAUAUGCGCCCAGUGUGAGCCCAAAGUUCAAGCUCAGUUAGGUCAAGCCGGCUACACGGCGCGGACCGACCACCUACGACGCAUGAUGGAUAGGAGCAGAAAAGUCAGGGUGGCUCCGAAGCAAUUGACGCCGCUAGACAUCGCGGCCAAGGUGGGCAAAUGGCUCUGGUUUAGUGGGAUCUCAUGUCAAUACCUGUGGCAUGUCGCAUCCUUGGCUGCUGUCUUUGCGACGCAGUUUGACGAAGGACCAAUGCGAGACCCGGACGCAGAUGCCGAAACGACAAUGGUCCAAAGGGUUUCACUUGCUCUUACACUGCUCCUCCCUCGGCCUGACAGGCUGAUACACUGGAGUUUAUGGGCAAAUGCUGUGAGCAUUUGGUGGAACCCCAAGUUCGUUCAGGUUUUUCGUGGCUUCUCUCGCCACAUACUGGGCCUGUCACACUGGUAUACCUUUCAGGGGCUCAUCAUCUUUACAAGAUUUCUGGCCAUGAGAAUGACCGAGAUGAAAGGCGGACGAUCAGCUGAAGAGAGCGCUCAGAUGAGCCUCCACGGACUUAUGGCUGUGUUGAUGCUGGCUAUCUACAUUCUCGCCCAACGAUCUGUACGUGUCGACAUGACACCACUAUUCCAGAACACCGGAACACCCGCUGCAUCACCACCAAGACCGCAAACGGCGCAAGCUCGAGAGGACGACAACAAGAACAUGGCGAAUCUUCUGGACGACAUUCUGGCCGAGUCCAGCCCGAGACCCGGUAUUCCUCCAAGUCCAACGAGCAUUGGCUCAGCAUCACCAGCACUCUUUCAGCGGGAACUGCAGCACAGAUCGAAUAACCGAAACAUUGAUCUCAACACUCCGCAAAAGCUGCCCCAGCCCCAGUAUUCAGAAGAAAUGGACUGGUCCCCGACACAGUCCAAACACCGGGCCUUUAACGACUUUGGACCUCCAAAGGCGCCGAACCAGGUAUUCGGGCAACCUGAUCCAGGUCCCAACUCGAGCCCGUUCUGGUUCAAGGUUCCUCCCGCGCCGAUUACACCGGCGCAGAAGCUUCGCAACGGCCCCAAGGUGUUGACGAAACCGGUGGAGAAGAAAUCCAUCUUCUCAACCGCCAGGACGGAUGCGUCCAAGUCGCAGGGCGGAGACGCGAACGGCGACACGGGCAAGGUGGCAUUCGCGCAACCCACGUUCUUCGCGCCCUCGGCAUCGAACCCCAGCGAUCCACGCAGCUCCUUGGCCGAUCUGCUCAAUUCGAGCUUUACGCUCAGCCUAGACGAUGAUGAAGAGGGAGAGUCGGCGAUGGCGACGGCAACGAAGACGGAAACAGGAAAUAAGCACGCCGAGCUUGCCAACCCCGGACCUUCGGCACGAACGGUUGGUCUGCGUAACAACCGCUUACUGGACGUUUUCACCUUGGCGAUCCUGCUCGGCGCGUGGCUCCACGCGACAUCUGCGUCAUACCCGUACAGCCGGGACGUAACGUUUGGCGCCAUGCUCCUGAGCAUGGCCAUUGCCAUUCACCUCACCAGCGACGCAAUCAGGGACAUGCGCAAUGAGAACACGCCCAGCUUGGCGUCCAUUAUCAACACGUCACUGGGGAUCGGAGAGCUGGCGGUGGCAUGUCACUUUGCGCUCCAGAUCUGGAGUGAUCGGACGCCGACGUCCGGAUUACACGGCGCGUCGGUUAUUGGCGUGAUACUCGCACAUGAGAUGUGGAACGCUGCUUGCUAA